AUGUUUGGUGGCCGGCGUAUUGAACAGUUAGUUGGAGACUCAGAUAUUGAACAGUUAGUUGGAGACUGUGAGACCUGUCAGAUAACGCACAGUAAAGCGCCACUAACCUCCGAUAAUCCCUGGAUGUGGCCGCACCGACCUUGGCAACGAGUUCAUGUCGAUUAUUGUGGUCCAUUUCUUGGUGGUUUCUUUUUGGUUGUCGUAGACGCGAAGUCUAAAUGGCUAGAAGUGAUACCCAUGUCAAGCACAACAGCUCAAGCAACGGUGGACGCAUUACGCUCACUCUUUGCUAUUCAUGGUUUACCCGAAGAGAUUGUCUCAGAUAAUGGCCCUCAAUUUAUUGCACAAGAGUUUAAAGAUUUCCUAAGAUACAACCAUGUGAAACAAAUCCUCAGCGCGCCAUACCAUCCAGCAUCUAAUGGCGAAGCGGAGAGAGCAGUAAGAACCUUUAAACAAGCGAUGAAAGCAGCUAAAAGGAAUUUUGUUCUCGUUGCAGCGUACUUUGGUCAUCAACUAACCUUUCGCUCGCGAUGGGCACGUUUGGGACGGAAACAGCAGCUCUGGCUUGUGGCCAUUCGAGUGCCAGUGGUUUUAGAGCUGUACGGCUUUGCGGGCACGCAGGUGGACUAA